AUGGGUACAGGUCCAUAUCCUUCUGCAGAAGAGCUGAAUGCUCCACUCAUCUGUGAUGAUGAGGAAGCACAAGCUUAUGAAAUGAGAGAUAUGUUACCGGCCCAGGAUACGACCAGCAAUCUCACCGAAACUGGCGAUGACAUACGGGAAUUAAGAUAUAGUGAUAAUAGACCAAUCUGGGAGAAGAUUUGGUGCGGGCCAAUAAACCCAGAGGAUGAACCUCCAAAAUUCCAUCUAAGAUGGAAGACGUUGAAGUAUCUGGACGGACUACCGAAGAGGCUAUUUAAUUCAAAUCUCGGGAACAAAGCUUUGGUACGAUACGGGAUACUUAUCAUUUAUGUGUCAAUUUGGUUCAGCAUUGUGUCAUCCAUACUUUUUCCUUAUCUACUUCGCGCUCCAGUAUUCAGUCAAAAUGGAAGUGGAGAAGACAUCACUAUCAUGCCUUUGACGUGUACACAAUCAUUGAAAAGCUGGAAAGGAGAAAAUAAUGCCUGUGGAACUAAUGCAGAGUUUUGUACAACUACUGACAAUGACUUUUUCGUAAGAUGUCCAGCGUUAUGCGAUCGAGCAUGGAUUUAUUCGGCACAGACGGUCGGUAAUCAAAGAGUUAAAUAUAGAGAAUUCAACAUUGGAGGUGGUCCAACGAAAGAUAAUGCCAUUUUAUCCCACCCUUAUCGUGGUGAUUCUGCCAUAUGUUCCAGUGCGUAUCAUUCAGGUUUAAUAUCCGGUUUAUCUGGGGGAUGUGUUCGAGUAUCAAGCCAAGGACCUCAAGCUAAAUUCCUCAGUGUUAAUGGGAAAUCUGGAUUGUCUGUAGGUUUUGAUUCGUUCUUCCCUCUAUCAUUUGCUUUCACAGAAAUGCAGGAUGGAAUAGCAAGUGGAUGCUAUGACCCGAGAUCGUUGGUAAUGGCCUUGAAUAUUGUGUUUUCUCUGCCUAUCUUUUUUCUUUACGAAGCGGUGAUUGGGUAUUGGACCGUUACUUUGGCAGGUUUUUGGACUUUACUACUGAUUUUCGACCCACCAAUGCUCACAGAUCCAACAGAUCUUACUACGGUUGCUGAAUUGAUUAGUGUGGGAUUUGAAAGGUUACUUCCCCUUUCAUUUAUUCUAUAUGUUAUAUGGAAAGCAUCGGUGAAACGUACUUUAGAUAAUGGUUCACCGCUGGUAAAAGCCACCCUCUGGUUCCCAAUGUUCUGGCUUGGUGUCAUGAAUAACGUGACUUUUGAUAGACUACCUGUAGAUAGACUAACCCUUAAAGAUCUUAAAGAACUUGCAGGUGCUUUACUAGCAGUUGGAUCAAUAAUAAGUACCAUUCUAAUAUGCGCGGUGAUACAAACAUAUUCAAUUUGGAAGUCAGGUAGAUUUGCAAAGUACUUCAAAGUUUUGAUCACGGUUAUCAUGGGCGUGAUAGCAUUGACAUUAAUUCCAGGACUAAACUUGAGAAUUCAUCACUACAUCCUCGGCAUGACACUGGUGAUGUUUUGUUCUACAAGAGGCGCCUCAGCGUAUCUAUUCCAAGGUAUACUAAUCGGACUUGUUAUUUCGGGAGUGGGAACCUGGGGCUUUGCAAGCAUAGUCGAGACCGAUCUUUCUCUAUUACGUGGCGAAGCAGGGGCAGCAUUUAUGCCGCCUAUAUUCGACUUCAAUGAAUCACAACCCUUGACGAUUUCUUGGCAUCCAAGAAACGAGACAGCAAUUCCAUCAGAGCUAGACGGGUAUUCACUGCUAAUUAAUGAUGUUGAGAGAUACGUCGGACCAUCCUCGCAGAUAGAUCUAGACUUACUACUCGAUGGAAACCUUGCUUUUGCACGACUCGUGCUUGACUCUCAACAAAAGUCGGAAAACAAUUCUAUUCCUCUCUACAUACGAGUUGCUCAUGCUAAUACAAAAAACCCUAUUGAUAAGCGAGGCGACUACACAAACGCUGCAAUUUUACAAUUUCCCGAAGGAUUAUGGCAGGAUCCAUCGCCUGGGGUUAGUUAA